CUCUAUACCAAAAUAUAAAUACACUGAAAUAUGGAUCCUAUUCAAGAAAUGCGUCGUCAAGUAUGUGAAGAACUUCAUGGUUCUGUCACAAUUGUUGGUAAGUGAGGAUAGGAUAAAGGUGAAAAUAGUAUUGAUGAUGGCAUCACUAUUUAGUUUUGGGUGCUUCUGGCGAUUUGGCCAAAAAGAAGACAUACCCAGCCUUGUUUGGUUUAUUCAAGAACGGAUUUUUACCCGAGAAUACACGUAUUGUUGGUUAUGCACGUACCAAGAUGACCCAGGAAGACUAUCUCAAACGUGUCACUCAAUACAUUAAAUCUGACGACACCACUGAAUUUCAAAAGAUCCUUUCUUACGUGUCUGGUCAAUACGAUCAAGAUGAAUCUUUUCAACAAUUGGACAAGUUUAUUUUGAACAGUGAAGAGGAGAGACAUAUUCAGGUUGGAAAAAGACAUCGUGUCUUUUACAUGGCUUUACCACCUUCUGUUUUCAUUACGGUCGCACAAGGCUUAAAGAAGAACACCUAUGCUAAACAAGGUUUGAACCGUAUCGUGGUUGAAAAACCUUUUGGACAUGACUCUGAGAGUUCUGCUCAUCUCGCCAAAGAAUUGGGUGCCUGUUUUACAGAGGAAGAGACUUUCCGAAUCGAUCAUUAUCUUGGUAAAGAGAUGGUUAAGAACGUUAUGAUGGUUCGCUUUGCAAAUAUUUUCUUCUCUCAAAUCUGGAACCGCAGCAAUAUUGAUAAUAUCCAGAUUACUUUCAAGGAACCUUUUGGAACGGAAGGUCGUGGUGGUUACUUUGAUGAGUUUGGUAUUAUUCGUGAUGUUAUCCAAAAUCAUUUGUUGCAAGUCAUGUCACUCAUCGCCAUGGAAAGACCCAUCUCCACAGAUGCUGAAGAUAUUCGUGAUGAAAAGGUCAAAGUCUUGAAAUGUAUUCCUCCUAUCUCUGUCAACGAUGCCCUUUUAGGCCAAUACAUUGCAGAAAACGGUAAGCCUAGUUACCUUGACGAUGUCACAAUCAAGAACAAGGAUAGUUUGACACCUACAUUUGCGGCUCUGGUUUUGUUUGUUCAAAAUGAGCGUUGGGAAGGUGUACCAUUUGUUUUAAAGGCAGGUAAAGCAUUAAACGAGGCAAAGGUUGAAGUACGUAUUCAAUUCCGUAAUGUUGCCGGGUCUCUUUACAAUGGAGCAGCUCGUAAUGAACUUGUUUUACGCGUGCAACCUGAUGAAGCCGUUUAUAUCAAGUUCAACAAUAAGCAACCUGGUUUAUCAUAUCAGACAAUUCAAACCGAAUUGGACUUGACCUAUCAAAACCGUUAUACGGACAUGGCUAUUCCCGAUGCAUACGAGUCGCUUAUCUUGGACGUGCUCCGAAACGAUCAUUCUAAUUUUGUCCGUGAUGAUGAACUUGUGGCUGCUUGGAAGAUCUUUACACCCCUGUUACACAAGAUUGAUGCACACCAUUCUGAUAUCAAAUUAUCUAAUUACAAGUAUGGAUCAAGAGGUCCUGCCGAGUUAGACAACUUUAUGAAGCGAUAUGGCUAUGAUCGUUCUAACGUGUGUUACAGCUGGCCUGUUCAAAGUGUUGCACCUAAAAAGGAAUAAUUUUUUUUUUAUAUGAAAUAAAAAUGGCUGUUUAUUUAUUUAUGCACCUGUACGCCUCACCUGAUGUGAGACGAACAAAAGAAAAAUC